CCCAUUAAAACCCACAUCAGCAAUGGCGCAAAGUUCAAAGCUUUGAGUUCCGCAUUAUUUAGACUUUGACCUUUUUUUUUUUUUUUGCCUCUUCCAACAAAAAACAAGUUUGCCUCACACUUUCUGUGGUCACCAUGGCCGCGGCGGCGCGCGAUCUGAGUCUUGUUUCGCAAUUUUGCGUUGCCGGAAGCCGUCUAGCUGCUUUGGGAAAGUGUGGGGUUCAUCUGUUGAAGAAAGGGAGAAGGGGAAAUGCUGGGUUCAAGGUUCGUGCAGCUGUGCAACUGGGUUCUGAGAGUGAAAAGGCAACUAAGCCAUUGGAGAAGACUUUUGGGAUGGAUGUGGUUUCAGAAGUGGGUUUGAGAGAGAAGGGCUUCAUGGGUUUGAGGAAGACGAAGCUCGUUUGCACCAUUGGCCCUGCUUGCUCCUCACUCAACGAUCUGGAGAAGCUUGCAUUGGCCGGUAUGAACGUUGCGAGGCUCAACAUGUGCCAUGGCUCCAGGGACUGGCACCGUGACGUCAUCAGGAAGAUCAAAAUGUUGAAUGAGGACAAGGGUUUCUCUAUUUCUCUCAUGAUUGAUACUGAGGGUAGCCAGAUCCAUGUUGUUGAUCAUGGUGCUCCUUCCUCUCUCAAAGUUGAGGAAGAUUCUAUUUGGCUCUUUACUGCUAAAAAUAUUGAGGGUUCUCGUCCAUUCACCGUUCAAGCCAACUACGGACGCUUUUCUGAAGGUAUUGAAGUGGGCGAUGAAGUUGUUAUUGAUGGUGGAAUGGCAUGCUUUGUGGUUGUUGAAAAGACUGGAAAUGAUUUGCAUUGCAAGUGCAUAGAUCCAGGUCUUUUUCUUCCUGGAGCCAAAUUUAGUUUCUGGAGAGAUGGAAAGCUUGUACGAAGGAAUCACAAGCUCCCCACCCUGUCCACGAAGGAUUGGGCUGACAUUGAUUUUGGUAUCUCCGAGGGAGUUGACUAUUUUGCCUUGUCCUUUGUCAAUCAUGCUGAUUCUGUUCAACAUCUGAAGAACUACCUUUCUACUAAAUCAACCAAAUCCAUCAAAGUAUUAGCAAAAAUAGAGAGCUUAGAAUCCCUUCAUAAUCUGAAGGAAAUAGUACAAGCUUCCGAUGGAAUCAUGGUAGCUCGUGGUGACCUUGGAGUUGAAAUACCACUGGAACAGAUUCCCACAGUUCAAGAGGAUAUAAUUUACAUUUGUAGACAAUUAAACAAGCCAGUCAUUGUAGCAUCUCAACUUCUUGAGUCAAUGGUUGAAUACCCAACACCAACACGGGCCGAGGUAGCAGAUGUUUCUGAAGCAGUUCGACAGUAUGCUGAUGCUUUGAUGUUGUCUGGUGAGUCAGCCAUUGGAUCAUAUGGACAAAAGGCUCUUGCAGUCCUAGAUAUGACAAGCACCAGAAUCGAAUCAUGGGCCAGAGAGGAAAACAGGCAAAGCCUUCUCAAUCACUAUCAACUGGGAGUUUCUUUACCAGAUCGCACUGCUGAGCAGAUAUGCAAUUGUGCUGUUGAAAUGGCUAACAAUCUUGGUGUUGAUGCCAUAUUUGUGUACACAAAGCACGGAUACAUGGCAUCACUUCUAUCACGAAAUCGUCCCAAUCCUCCAAUAUUUGCAUUCACAAAGGACGAAAGUACCAUAAUGGCUCUCAACUUAAAUUGGGGUGUUGUACCCUUCCAGGUUGACCUGUCAGAUGAUGCAGAAUCCAACAUCUCAAAAUCCAUCAAGUUCAUGAAAUCCAGAGGACUUAUCAUGCAUGGGGAUGUUGUUUUGGUGGUGUCGGAUGUUGCUCCGACACGCGCAACUCCGAUGGCUUCCCAGUCAAUUCAGGUGAAGACCAUUGUCUGAGACGGAGAGGCUAUGUUGUAGUAUUGUUAUACUGGGUACUUACUAUGUAAUGUAUAGACCUUAUAUUUUUAGUAUGCCUUGACAGUUUAUCUUCAUUUCAAGAACCGACUUUCAGCACUAGUCGUUUGUACUUUAUGUUAUGCCCAUUUUACUUGGAUUUGCUUCAAUGAUAUUUAAUAUUAACAACUAUUAGUAUGAAUUGCAUGACGGAUGGACUUACU